ACUUCUAUGCUAGAACCUGCAAAAUCCAUGGUCCAUUCCCUCAAUGGCUCAAAACACAAAAGAAUCUCAGUAGUUUGGAUUUGUCUGGUGCGGGAAUUCAUGGGCCGUUGCCAAAAUGGUUACAAAAUAUGCAAUCACUUACUGAUGUGCAUCUCUCCAACAAUCAAAUUUCUGGGUGUCUCAUAUUUCCCAUUAACUUUGAAGAAUUGGAUCUCUCAAAUAAUUCAUUAUCUUGCCAAUAUAUGACUAAUACCAGCCGUAGAACUACACUCAAUUAUAAUGCUAAUACAUUUGAUCUCUCUAAUAAUUUUAUUUCAGGGCAAUUUCUUGAACAUUUAUCUCAUGAAAUGCUUGCUCUGAGUUCUCUCCUCCUAUCUAAUAACAAGAUAAAUGGUUCAAUCCCAAAGUCUAUGUGUCAUUUUACAACCUUGCAAGUUCUAAAUCUUCAAAAGAAUAGACUGUCAGGGACAAUACCACAUUGUUUGCGUGACCUUUACAACCUUGAAUUUGUAAGUCUCUCAUUCAACAAGCUCUCAGGGGAUAUUCCUUGCUUCUAUAGUACUACUACCCUGUCAUAUCUGCACUUAAAUGAAAAUAUGUUGAGUGGACAACUCCCUUCUUGCUUAGCUAACCUCUCGGGUUUUAACAUUUUGGAUGUUGGCGAAAAUAAUCUCAGGUGAGAUACCAACAUUCAAUGUUCAAGGCUUGCGAAUACUUCGGCUGAGAAAUAAUAAACUCGAAGGCAGUAUCCCCGAGGAGUUGUGCUCAUUGUCUAACCUACAAAUCUUGGACCUUGGCCAUAAUUAUUUAACUGGAACAAUUCCUUCCUGUCUGAGCAACCUCACACAGAUGAAUUUCGGUGAUCGUCUAGAAGACUUUCCUUACGAGGAUGACGUCAAUGAGGUUAUCAAGGGAAUAGAGCGUGAAUAUACAACCACCUUAGGGUACAUGGUGAACAUCGACUUUUCAUGCAACAAACUAAUUGGUAGCAUUCCUGAGGAGAUCACAAAUCUCUCUUAUUUGCUCAGCGUGAACUUAUCUUACAAUCAAUUAUCAGGACAAAUCCCUGGUAGAAUAGGUGGUUUGAAAUCCUUGGAAUCUCUUGAUUUAUCAAGGAAUAAACUCCAGGGAACAAUCCCAACAAGCAUGGGUGUCAUAUACUCGUUGGAGUUCCUUGACUUAUCCUACAACAAUCUUUCUGGUCAAAUCCCAACUGGAAGCCAGUUGCAAACCUUCACCAACUCUUCCUACAUAGAUAAUCCACAUCUUUGUGGAUACCCACUUUCCAAGAAAUGCAAAGGCGAUAAUGACUCACCAAAUGGUACGUCAGGGGCUCAACACAACGAAGAUGCAGAAAGUGAGGACAAGCGUGAGACAAUGUGGUUCUACCUGGUUGUGAUGUCAGGAUUUGGUACCGGGUUUUGGUGUGUUGUUGGGACUUUAUUUCUGAAAAAGAGUUAGAGGCAUGCUUUUUUUAGGCGUGUUGAAGAUGCACAAGACCAGUGUAUAAAAAGGCGCGCCUAGGCUCUGAGGCGCAAGGCGAUUGGAGCCAGCGCCUUUUAUUGUCUAGGGGAGGCGAUUUCAAUGAGGCGCACCUAAGGCGCAAAAAGGCGCACCAAGGCGCAAAAAGGCGCACUUUGAGGCGCAAAAAGGCGCAAAAAAGGCGCACCUACCAAGAGA